CCCGCGUGAUCUUUCAAAGUGAAUAGUUGACUCUUUAGGGGUUAUCUUUUUCAAUUAAAUUUACCAUUUACCCGGUUGCUUCCUGUCUAACUGUCUAAUUUUGUGUGUUCUGGUAAACAGAUGUAUCCUUUGAGAGAAAACCUCCUAUAUCAGGGUGUAAGCUCUCCUUUCAGAGUCCCCUUGGCUUUAGAGAAAGGAGGAAGUAAAAAUAAGUUAUACUCUCUAAAUGAAGUGGUUGACAGCAUCAAGGGUGAAAUAGACUAUCUCAGAGGAUUUAAAACGAGUAUACUAAAAAGAAAUAUCCAGCACCUGUUGAAUAAAUUAAAUCAGGUCAGGACAGCCUUCAAAGAAACUGUGGACCAAACAGCCCGCAACAGAGAGACAGGGAGGUCUGUUGCGUGGGCUCUGCAGUCUUCUUUGGAGAAACUGAUCCCUAACGAACUAAUUGGAGGGAGAGAAAAUAAAAAACAGUUGAUUAAGAACAUAAAAAAAACUUUUCUUUUCGGAAAAGACGAUUCCAUUUCCAAGAGUCACCUGAUUCAUAAGAUCAGGGUAGAAAGAAUUGUCUACAUAAGGCAAAUGACUGCUACAAGUGCCAAGGAGAAGGCGUGUGUGGUGAUAGUUAAAUGGCUGUGGACCCUCGUCAAGAGGCUGGUGGCUUGGUGCUUCUAUGUUAGUGAAAAGCAAGAAGCAUCAAACCAACUAGUCUUCAUUCCCAAACGAGUGUGGCAGUCAGAAACACAGAAGUCAUUUGAUGCCUUGAUGGAGAGUUCCCUUAAACUCCUAUCCCCCACAGAGGCAGGGAAGCUUGUGGGAUUCACAACUCCUGGAAGAAUGCGGUGGGUACCGAAGAGAGAGGGGUUGAGACCCAUCAUGAGUUCUAGAAAAAAAGUUCCAUUGGAAAAUGAUAGAAGAGCAAAAAAUCUGUUAAAUUCUCUACUAAAACAUUGUCCUCCAGUUAACUCCAAAGCUAUGCACAGCAUCUGGGAUCAUUUGCUUCAAUUGCAAAACCAAGGAAGAAAGCUCUACUUUAUCGCUUGUGAUGUUCUUGAUGCCUACGGCUCCGUCAAACAUGAGAAAAUGAUUGAAAUUCUUGAUGAAGAGGUAAUGUCUCGACUAGGUCCACUUAGGUACAAAGAAGAAGAAGAUGUGAUAUGUUCUAUUAAGAACAAAAUAAAAUUCCAAAUCUUUUGUAUUUCAAAGAAGACUUACCUGCUGACCAAGGGACUGCCCCAAGGUAUGCGUUUGUCGUCUACCUUGUGUAAUGUCUACCUUUCAAACAUGGACCGACACUGUCUGCGUAGUAUGUACACAAGAGAAGACAGACUUUUGCGAACAGUAGACGACUACCUGUUCAUAACCCCUGACAGAGCUAGAGCCCAAUUGUUCUUGGACACAAUGAGUAACGGUUUCAAAGAGUUUGGCAUGAAGAUCAAGCCCUCUAAGACCCAGACCAACCUCGACGAAGACCGAGAGAUACUAUAUUGCGGCUUCCUCGUGAACACCUCGAACCUGGAGGUCUAUGUCAGGCACAGAGCUGGCUUGACGUCAUCCUUUCGAAACUGUUUUGUCAUAAAAUCAGACCCUAUACUUCUUUUGGAAGAAAAGAUUGUACAUUGUCAGAUAAUCAAGAUUGUGGGCCUAAUACUUGACACCAAGUACAUGUCAGUGGAGGGGAUCACCCGCAACCUGUUUCACACAGGCUGUCUCCUGGCUCGCCUUCUCACUGCACUCCUGGCACUGGCUCGGCCCAGCGACAUACCGGAGGGCGGAGUGGUGGCGAACUUGGUGGAACAGUCUGCCAUCACUAUCUCCAACAAAGUCUGCCGUGUGUGGAGAGGUCAGCAGCGAGCACGUAAUGAGCAGCCCUUCAAAAUUAUGACAAGAAAGGAGGUUCUUUGGGCAGUGCUACAAGCCUAUCUACUGGUUCUGAGUGGUACUGCUGAGAGACAACAUAUCUUACCGGAUGAUCUUCUCUUGGUGGUUUCUCAUCUCUCAGAGACUGCAAGGCAACAUGUCCGGCCAACCAUCUACAACCUGAUGGCUCCAAUAGUGAAUAACGUUCCUGCACAGUAUAGGAAUUAUGAAGAUUACUGAGUUGGUAAGUGGUAAGGAA